AUGUCAUUGAGCCCUAAACACUCCACUCCCUUCUCAGUGACAGACAUUUUGAGCCCGAUGGAGGACAGCUACCGGAGGUUUGGAGGUAUGGAUCACAGCGCAGCGGGGAGCCUCGGGACCCCGCUGGGCGCCUACCGGCAGACCCAAGUCUCCCAGCCGGGUAUGCAGCAUCAACAGCAGCCGCAGCAGCAGCAUCAACAUCAACAUCAACAUCAGCAUCAACUACCACCUCAUCUCCACCAUCAUCACGGGGCCGUCGGAGGGUUUUGUAACGGAGGCAUCGGGAACGUGGGAGAGCUGCCGUCCUACCAGGAGACGGUGAGAGGUGGAGGAGCUGCAGCAGCCGCGUGGUACAGCAACCCCGAGCCAAGAUACCCGACAAUCUCCAGAUUCAUGGGCCCCUCCGGCGGGAUGAACAUGUCCGGGAUGGUGGGCAGUCUGGCCGGGAUGGACUCCACCGGCAAGUCCAUGGUGACUCUGCACGCGGCGCCACGCAGGAAGCGCAGGGUGCUCUUCUCUCAGGCGCAGGUCUACGAGCUCGAGCGACGCUUCAAGCAGCAGAAAUACCUGUCCGCCCCGGAGAGGGAGCACCUGGCUGGACUCAUCCACCUCUCCCCCAACCAGGUCAAGAUCUGGUUCCAAAACCACCGAUACAAGCUGAAGCGGCAGGUUAAAGACAAAACAACCCAGCAGCUGCAGCAGGACGGAAGCGGGUCCCCGGUUCUCUCUAAGAGCGAUAAAGCCUGCAGGACCGACUCCAGUGGGCCAAACCAGACCGAGAACAGACAGAGCAGCUCGGGGGAAGCUUUGACUGUGACUCCCCCUCUGCAGCAGCAGCAACAGCAGCAUCAGGUGAACCAGCUGUCGUCCACAGAGGAGCUGGAGGAUUUGUCCCCCAGUCCGCCGAUGGGACUCAUUGAGUACACCAACAGCAUGAUCGGCUCCAAUUUACUGUACGGGAGAACUUGGUAG